AACAUCCAACAUGUCUGCCUCCAUAGCUUCCCUCGUUUCGUACGGUAGCGAUUCUGACUCAGAAAAUGAGUCUGAAUCAAAUACCGGCGCCGAGAAAGUCAGUCCGGCGGAUCCGGACGCUAUGGCUCACCUUAAACCUUUGCAAUCUGCACCUACGAUGACUUUGGCUGUUCUCAAUUCUGCCCCCGAGGUCGCUGUUAAGGAGUCUGUUGAGACGGGCAUACACCUGGACCCAUCAUUGAAAGAAGUCACUUAUAACCCAACAUAUGAAACCAUGUUUGCACCUGAGUUUGGGCCAAUGAACCCUUUUAAAACCCAGCAGAUGGCAGCCCCGAGGAACAUGCUAUCAGGCUACGCAGAACCUGCUCACGUCAACGACUUCAUGUUUGAACAGCAAAGACGGACCUUCUCCACAUACGGUUACGCUUUAGAUCCAUCUGUUGACACACAUCAGGUCUCCUCCAACACCUACAUCGGUGCCGUGGAUGAAGCUGAGAAAAACAAAGGGCUGACUGUGUUUGAGACUUGUCAUAAGAAGUCAGAGAAAAGGAAAAAGAUCAAAGGCGGGGAAGCAGGAGAAAUAGACAACUUCCUUGGACCAUGGGCGAAAUAUGUAGAUGAGAAAGACGGGGCUAAACCUUCAGAGGAUGAGCAGAAAGAGCUGGAUGAGAUCACAGCCAAGAGGCAGAAGAAGGGCAGGAACGAGGAAGAUGCUCCAGCAGAAGAGAAAACCAUUCUUCAUGUUAAAGACAUGUAUGAUUACCAGGGCAGGUCGUACCUCCACGUCCCGCAGGAUGUGGGCAUCAACCUGCGUUCUGCAGAUGCUCCGGACAAGUGUUACCUGCCAAAGAAACAGAUUCACGUCUGGUCUGGACACACCAAGGGUGUCAGUGCGAUCCGUCUGUUUCCCAACUCUGGUCAUCUGCUGCUGUCCUCCUCCAUGGACUGUAAGAUCAAGCUCUGGGAAGUGUACGGCGAGAGGAGGUGUAUUCGGACAUUUAUCGGCCACAGCAAAGCGGUGCGAGACAUCUGCUUUAACAACAGCGGGACCCAGUUCCUCAGCGCGGCGUACGACCGCUACCUGAAGCUGUGGGACACGGAGACAGGCCAGUGUAUCGCCCCCUUCACCAACAGGAAGGUGCCGUACUGCGUCAAGUUCAAUCCAGACGAGGACAAACAGAACCUUUUUGUGGCCGGCAUGUCAGAUAAGAAGAUUGUGCAGUGGGACAUCAGGACCAAAGAGGUGGUGCAGGAGUACGACCGUCACCUGGGGGCCGUCAACACCAUCACCUUCGUCGACGAGAAUCGCCGGUUUGUCAGCACGUCAGACGACAAGAGUCUUCGAGUUUGGGAGUGGGACAUCCCCGUGGACUUCAAAUACAUCGCCGAGCCCAGUAUGCACUCCAUGCCAGCUGUGACUCUCUCUCCCAAUGGUAAAUGGCUAGCAUGCCAGUCUAUGGACAACCAGAUCCUGAUCUUCGGAGCCCAAAACCGCUUCAGACUGAACAAAAAGAAAGUGUUCAAGGGCCACAUGGUGGCCGGCUACGCCUGCCAAGUGGACUUCUCCCCAGACAUGAGCUACGUGGUAUCAGGAGAUGCAGACGGAAAGCUCAACAUCUGGGACUGGAAGACCACCAAGCUUUACCACAGGAUCAAGGCUCACGACAAGGUGUGCAUCAGCGCCCUGUGGCACCCACACGAAACCUCCAAGGUCAUCACCUGCGGCUGGGAUGGACAGAUCAAACUGUGGGACUAGAUCUGUCCUGGGGGAGGAGGGGGGACAGGUUCACUAAAGAGACAGAUAGGGACUGUUUGUCCCGUGGACUUGGUGAGUGAAAGCCAAAGGACUGGUAUCCAGUCUUUCUGCAGCAGUGUAUUUUUGUAUCUCGUCAUGAGGGCUCAGAGUUUAUCCUCAUGUAAUAUCUGUACAAAGAUUAACACGAGCAACUUUUAAAAACUGUAAGUCAGGUUACAGGGGUGUCCUUAGCAUCUUUGUUUUAAAUGUGUUUUUUUUCUAUUUGCUAUGUCCUGUGUAGUACACUUUUGAAGUCUUUGCUUAAGUUUCUUUGUUUUCAAUUGUACGAUCAUCCCUUUGUGGAAAUAAACAUUCUGUAUAUUUUACCUUUUAA